AUGUCACCCCUGCUGCCACCCUGGCCCAGGUCCUCGCAGCAAACAUUCACACUGGCCACCGCUCAGCCAUGUCACCCCUGCUGCCACCCUGGCCCAGGUCCUCGCAGCAAACAUUCACACUGGCCACCGCUCAGCCAUGUCACCCCUGCUGCCACCCUGGCCCAGGUCCUCGCAGCAAACAUUCACACUGGCCACCGCUCAGCCAUGUCACCCCUGCUGCCACCCUGGCCCAGGUCCUCGCAGCAAACAUUCACACUGGCCACCGCUCAGCCAUGUCACCCCUGCUGCCACCCUGGCCCAGGUCCUCGCAGCGAACAUUCACACUGGCCACCGCUCAGCCAUGUCACCCCUGCUGCCACCCUGGCCCAGGUCCUCGCAGCGAACAUUCACACUGGCCACCGCUCAGCCAUGUCACCCCUGCUGCCACCCUGGCCCAGGUCCUCGCAGCGAACAUUCACACUGGCCACCGCUCAGCCAUGUCACCCCUGCUGCCACCCUGGCCCAGGUCCUCGCAGCGAACAUUCACACUGGCCACCGCUCAGCCAUGUCACCCCUGCUGCCACCCUGGCCCAGGUCCUCGCAGCGAACAUUCACACUGGCCACCGCUCAGCCAUGUCACACCUGCCGCCACCCUGGCCCAGGUCCUCGCAGCGAACAUUCACACUGGCCACCGCUCAGCCAUGUCACCCCUGCCGCCACCCUGGCCCAGGUCCUCGCAGCGAACAUUCACACUGGCCACCGCUCAGCCAUGUCACCCCUGCCGCCACCCUGGCCCAGGUCCUCGCAGCGAACAUUCACACUGGCCACCGCUCAGCCAUGUCACCCCUGCUGCCACCCUGGCCCAGGUCCUGGCAGCAAACAUUCACACUGGCCACCGCUCAGCCCUGUCCCCCCGUUUGCCACCCUGGCCCAGGUCCUGGCAGUAAACAUUCACACUGGCCACCGCUCAGCCCUGUCACCCCUGCUGCCACCCUGGCCCAGGUCCUGGCAGUAAACAUUCACACUGGCCACCGCUCAGCCCUGUCCCCCCGUUUGCCACCCUGGCCCAGGUCCUGGCAGUAA